GCUUUUGCUUUCCUAGUCAAGUAUUUUCAUUUUUAAUUUAAAAACAAAGCUAUGGGUUCCUUUAAAGGUGUGGGGGGUGUGCUAGAGGCACCACUCCUACUAUAUUACCUUUAUCUUUUUGCAUGCUAUUAGGCUUCUUCUCUUCUCCCUUCAGUUAAAGUAGUAUUAGAGAGGGAAAUCUGGUGUGUGUUUUUUGUCAUGGUUAAAGAUAUUAUGCUCUUCUUAUAGCUCAUCAAUCUCUUCCUUCACAGUUUCUUCUUUUCUUUUCUUCUCUCCCUCUCACUCUUUCUCCCACCACCCCACCCCCCACGCACACACAACAACAACAACACCUCUUUCAGUUCUUUUCCAUCCUGUCUUCUUAUUAGCUGCUAGAGAGGGUGAAGAUUUUGAUCUUUUUUUUUUGUUGUUGUUUCCUAUGUAACUUCAAACCUAUAUUUGACACCCUAGAAUUCAGAUAAUUGGGGGUAUUUUUCUUCUCGCGUAAUUGAAAGCGAUCGCCAUGCAUAUAUACAGGUGAAAAUCAGUAGUUUCAAGCAGAUCAAGAGAAGAACAUGACGAAGAAGUGAUCAGUUUGAACGUUCCAAACCUAUAAGAAAAGAUUGAUUUAUGGUAUUAGUAGUACUAGUAUAUUUGAAAGGAUUAAGAAGAAAUAUAUCCAUAUAUAUAUAGGGAACUAUAGAGCGUUAUAACUAAGGCUGUAUGCCAACAACUACUUAGCCAUAAGUAGUACAGUAAGCAAUGAAUAAGAAUCAAAUCGUACUACAUGCUGCAACAGUAGCUGGUUCUUCUUCUUUUAGUAGCUCUGAUCUUAUUGAUGCAAAACUUGAAGAGCAUCAAUUGUGUGGAACCCAACAGUGCCCUGGUUGUGGACAUAAACUCGAACGAAAACCGGACUGGUUAGGUCUACCAGCAGGAGUGAAAUUUGAUCCAACAGAUCAAGAAUUGAUUGAACAUCUUGAAGCUAAAGUCCAAGCUCAAAACUCUAAAUCUCAUCCUUUGAUUGAUGAGUUUAUCCCAACCAUUGAAGGUGAAGAUGGGAUUUGCUACACUCACCCCGAAAAACUUCCAGGUGUGACAAGAGAUGGUUUGAGUAAGCAUUUCUUUCAUAGACCUUCAAAAGCUUACACAACUGGAACAAGAAAAAGAAGAAAAAUUCAAACCGAAUGUGAUCUACAAGGCGGUGAGACUAGAUGGCACAAGACAGGGAAAACUAGACCUGUAAUGGUAAAUGGAAAACAAAAAGGUUGCAAGAAAAUACUAGUUCUCUACACAAACUUUGGGAAACAUCGAAAACCGGAGAAAACGAAUUGGGUUAUGCAUCAGUACCAUUUAGGUCAAUUAGAAGAAGAGAAAGAAGGUGAGCUUGUUGUAUCAAAGAUAUUUUACCAGACUCAACCUAGACAAUGUAAUUGGACGGAUCGUGCAAGUGCGUCAAUUGGCGAAGGAAGUACUGAACCUAGUAGUAGAAGAGAGAGUGGUAGUGGCAGUUGUUCUUCUUCUAAAGAUAUUGGUAAUAAUCAAAGGGAUGAUCAGUUGUCUGGUGGUGGAAAUACUACUGGAAUUUCAAGUUAUAGUGCUAUCGAUAUUCAACAACUGAAGUCCGAUCAUUUCAGCUUUGUUCCGUUUCGGAAAAGCUUUGAUGAGGUGGGACUAAUGGAAGAAGUUUCAAUGGCAAGAGAUCAAGCCUCGUCGAGACACACUCUUGAUGAGCAUGAAGAGAUAAGCGAUCACCAAAUAAGACAACAACAGCAUCACUUGGCUCAUGAAGUCCAGCAACAACAACAGCAGCAGCAGCAUCGACAGCUUCAGGUUGCAACAUCAGCAUUUCAUGUCAGCAGGCCUACACACCCUAUCUCUACUAUAAUUUCUCCACCGAACCUUCAUCAUACGUCCAUUAAUGUACUGGAUGAAGAUUCUUAUCGAAUACUACUCCAAAAUGAAAAGUUCCAGCAGCAACAACAGCAACAACAACAACAACAGCAUCAUCAUAAACUCGGUAGAAGCUCUGGUUCUGGUUUGGAGGAAAUGUUGAUACGUUGCACGAAUUCAUCGUCUUCGGACAUUAAAGAACAGGAGUCAUCCAUCCCAAACCCACAAGACGCAGAAUGGUUAAAGUACUCCUUCAGCUGGGCUGACCCUGACAACCAGGAUCAUCAUGGGUAGGAGCAAAACACACACAUUAAAGUAUAAUAUAUUUCUAUACCAUAUUUUCGAAAACCCAAACAGAGACACUAUCAUGAUAUCAUGAACAUCAUGAUGAUAAGAUCAGUACUUGAAACCCUAUAUACCUUGUUCUCACUCUCUUUAUUAACAACUAGAAGAAGAAGAAGCAAAGAGUACAUGGAUGGUGGGGUUUAUAUACUUUUUCCCUUUCAUUUUUUUUUUUCCUUCUUCUAGGUUUUUGGUUUUGGACGAUAAGUUGGUUUCAUACUAGUAGUUCUCAAACUAAACUAACUGCAUGUAAAAAAUAAAUCAUGUUGGAAUUCGGAAAGAACAAAAAAGAAGAGAAAAAGGAAAAGGCUGAUGUUGCUGACAAUAUAGAAGGUCUAAAGCAAGAAAUCUCAUUGAAUGCAUGAAAGUGAAAUCCCCAUACUCACUUUUAUUAACCAAUAUUAUUAUUUGUUAAUUAUUGAUUUAUAUUUAUUUUAACUAAAAAUCAAAAUUCAAUGUUUUUGUUUGGUGAGCUCUUGGUGUUUGGGGUUUCAAUGUUUACUUGUAAUUCUUUAUAUAGCAUAAAUUACUUGGAUAAUUUUUGUUU